AUGCUAGCUAGACUUCAAGAAAUAAAGGAUUCCCUUUCGCCUACGGUUCUUAACCUUGACAAGUGUCCCAAAACUUUGAAUUCUGAAAAGUGGGCACUUAUCUCAGACUACGUUAAUUUAUUAAAACCACUAGAAAUAAUGACUGCUGAAGUAUCUGGAGAAAAAUAUCCGACAAUGUCAAUAAUCAUUCCUUUAAUACCUGGUUUACAGUUGGCCAUAAAAUCGGUAUCCACCAUAACUGUAUCAGGACUGCUCCUCCAAAAAACCCUGAUGGAUACAAUCACACAAAGACUGAGUGGUUUUGAAACUAAUAAAAUUUCCUCUAAAGCAACAUUUCUUGAUCCUCGGUUCAAAAAAUAUGCUUUUGGAAAUGAGGAUAAUGCAAAUGGCGCUCAGAACUGGAUUACAGAGGAAUUAAAAAACCUAAUUAAUCUUGAAAAAUUAGAUGACAAUAAUAAAACAAAAAUUAGAAGUUUGCAACCAGGAGAGGGAGACAGAUAUGAAUGUUGCCGUUGCUUCAAAUCAUGGUCUACAAUAGAGGAAGCAUGUACCCACAUAUGCGAAGCAGAUUCGACAAUAUAUGUGAAAUGUCGAAAUUGCUUCCAGAAUGUCAUAAGACACGAAUUUGAUCAUCAUUUAAACAGUCACGAACCUACAUCUCGUUCUGUGGAAACUCUGGUAAAACCAUUCACAUGUCAAAUAUGUUUUCAGGUGUUUCAGCGAGAAGCUGCCUUUAAUGCACACAUGAAAAUAUCCACAAAAGCGCAUUCCCGAAAAAGAAAUAAAAAUGACAAUAAUAAAACGACAAUCAGAAGUUUGCAACCAGGAGAGGGAGACAGAUAUGAAUGUUGCCGUUGCUUCAAAUCAUGGUCUACAAUAGAGAAAGCAUGUACCCACAUCUGCGAAGCAGAUUCGACAAUAUAUGUGAAAUGUCGAAAUUGCUUCCAGAAUGUCCUAAGACACGAAUUUGAUCAUCAUUUAAACAGUCACGAACCUACAUCUCGUUCUGCGGAAACUCACGUAAAACCAUUCACAUGCCAAGUAUGUUUUCAGGUGUUUCAGCGAGAAGCUGCCUUUAAUGCACACAUGAAAAUAUCCACAAAAGCGCAUUCCCGAAAAAGUAAUAAAAAUGACAAUAAUAAAACAAAAAUUAGAAGUUUGCAACCAGGAGAGGGAGACAGAUAUGAAUGUUGCCGUUGCUUCAAAUCAUGGUCUACAAUAGAGGAAGCAUGUACCCACAUAUGCGAAGCAGAUUCGACAAUAUAUGUGAAAUGUCGAAAUUGCUUCCAGAAUGUCAUAAGACACGAAUUUGAUCAUCAUUUAAACAGUCACGAACCUACAUCUCGUUCUGUGGAAACUCUGGUAAAACCAUUCACAUGUCAAAUAUGUUUUCAGGUGUUUCAGCGAGAAGCUGCCUUUAAUGCACACAUGAAAAUAUCCACAAAAGCGCAUUCCCGAAAAAGAAAUAAAAAUGACAAUAAUAAAACGACAAUCAGAAGUUUGCAACCAGGAGAGGGAGACAGAUAUGAAUGUUGCCGUUGCUUCAAAUCAUGGUCUACAAUAGAGAAAGCAUGUACCCACAUCUGCGAAGCAGAUUCGACAAUAUAUGUGAAAUGUCGAAAUUGCUUCCAGAAUGUCCUAAGACACGAAUUUGAUCAUCAUUUAAACAGUCACGAACCUACAUCUCGUUCUGCGGAAACUCACGUAAAACCAUUCACAUGCCAAGUAUGUUUUCAGGUGUUUCAGCGAGAAGCUGCCUUUAAUGCACACAUGAAAAUAUCCACAAAAGCGCAUUCCCGAAAAAGUAAUAAAAAUGACAAUAAUAAAACGACAAUCAGAAGUUUGCAACCAGGAGAGGGAGACAGAUAUGAAUGUUGCCGUUGCUUCAAAUCAUGGUCUACAAUAGAGAAAGCAUGUACCCACAUCUGCGAAGCAGAUUCGACAAUAUAUGUGAAAUGUCGAAAUUGCUUCCAGAAUGUCCUAAGACACGAAUUUGAUCAUCAUUUAAACAGUCACGAACCUACAUCUCGUUCUGCGGAAACUCACGUAAAACCAUUCACAUGCCAAGUAUGUUUUCAGGUGUUUCAGCGAGAAGCUGCCUUUAAUGCACACAUGAAAAUAUCCACAAAAGCGCAUUCCCGAAAAAGUAAUAAAAAUGACAAUAAUAAAACGACAAAUAGAAGUUUGCAACCAGGAGAGGGAGACAGAUAUGAAUGUUGCCGUUGCUUUAAAUCAUGGUCUACAAUAGAGGAAGCAUGUACCCACAUAUGCGAAGCAGAUUCGACAAUAUAUGUGAAAUGUCGAAAUUGCUUCCAGAAUGUCAUAAGACACGAAUUUGAUCAUCAUUUAAACAGUCACGAACCUACAUCUCGUUCUGUGGAAACUCUGGUAAAACCAUUCACAUGUCAAAUAUGUUUUCAGGUGUUUCAGCGAGAAGCUGCCUUUAAUGCACACAUGAAAAUAUCCACAAAAGCGCAUUCCCGAAAAAGAAAUAAAAAUGACAAUAAUAAAACGACAAUUCGAAGUUUGCAACCAGGAGAGGGAGACAGAUAUGAAUGUUGCCGUUGCUUUAAAUCAUGGUCUACAAUAGAGGAAGCAUGUACCCACAUAUGCGAAGCAGAUUCGACAAUAUAUGUGAAAUGUCGAAAUUGCUUCCAGAAUGUCAUAAGACACGAAUUUGAUCAUCAUUUAAACAGUCACGAACCUACAUCUCGUUCUGUGGAAACUCUGAUGACAAUAAUAAAACGACAAUUAGAAGUUUGCAACCAGGAGAGGGAGACAGAUAUGAAUGUUGCCGUUGCUUUAAAUCAUGGUCUACAAUAG